GCUGAUGAUCAAUGAAGCAUACAGUUCUCUGCAACCAAAUGAAGUUGCAGACGCUGUUAUAAAGAAGACAACGCCAAUAUGCAGUUUAGCGGAUAGGGCAGAUUUCUGUGACAUUAUUGAUGUGAAUGUUAGAAUUGAUGGAGAAUCUUCCUCGGUUUAUUUUGCUUCAACUGACAUGGGAAUCUCCGAAGGCAACAGCAGUUGGAAAAUAAGACCUUAUGCCAGAAAAGAAGACGAAGCUGCAAUGGGAAAUACAAGGGAAUGGUCAGUAAAAGCAGUGAAAAAUCCCCAAAAGAUGCCCCAAUGCACAAGAAAUCACUCUGUUCCAGCCAUCCUAUUCUCCACUGGUGGAUACGCAGGAAACCAUUUCCAUGACUUCACAGACGUGGUCAUUCCCCUGUUCGUAACAGCCAGAGAAUUCAAUGGAGAGGUCCAAUUUCUCAUAACUGAUACACAACCUUGGUGGGUUUUAAAGUAUCAAGCAAUUAUUUCAAAGCUGUCCAAAUUUGACAUCAUUAACAUCGACAAGGAGACACAAGUUCAUUGCUUCCCUCGAGCCAUUGUGGGUCUUAAACGUGACGACAAGGAACUUAGAAUUGACCCAAAAAAGCACUCGUACUCCAUGAGAGAUUUCAAAGAGUUCUUGAGAAGUUGUUACUCGUUGAAGAGAGACAGAGGAGGAGGCAGGGGAAGAAAAAAGGGGUUAAAGCCACAGCUUCUCAUCGUUGCAAGGAGGAGAACCAGAUCGUUUACAAAUACAGAGGAGAUCAGAAAAAUGGCGAGGAAAUUGGGUUUCAAAGUGAUUGUUAUGGAGCCAGAUGUGAAUGUGAAGAAAGUUGCAGAAAUUGUGAACUCUUGUGAUGUGAUGAUGGGAGUUCAUGGUGCUGGACUUGCAAACAUUGUUUUCCUUCCUAAAAAUGCAGUUUUUAUUCAGAUUGUACCUUUUGGAAGCAGAUGGGCCAAGUGGCUGUCCAAAAACUUCUUCGGAGAGCCUUCAAAAGACAUGGAAUUGAAGUAUUUGGAGUACAAUAUGAGUGUGGAAGAGAGCACAUUGAUUCAGCAGUACCCAAAAGAUGAUGUGGUCUUGAGAGAUCCUCAGGCAAUUCAAGACCAGGGGGGUUGGAGGGCUUUCAAGUCUGUUUAUUUUGUUAAGCAAAAUGUAAACCUUGAUAUCAACAGAUUUAGACCCACUUUGCUGAAAGCUCUUGAGCUUCUGCAGCAAUAG